CCCACACUCCUUUCAACAUGCCGGGGGUUCCCUCUGGUCGCGGUUGCGAGGCGUGUCGCAAGCAGAAGAAGAAGUGUGACCAGGCCCAACCCUCCUGCGCUCGAUGCGCCCGUCUCAAUAUUCCCUGCGCUGGUGCGGGCGUCCGACGGUUCAAAUUCAUGGAUCAGGGUGUUGUCGUCAAGCUGGCAGUGAAUAGGAAGAAGAAUCCCCAGUCAGAAACCCGAGCGCCCACGCCGCGAUUCCUCCCAUCCUCCGAGACAAACGCAAUCGCCAACGCCUUCGUCUGCAUGAUGGAGGUCACCGACGUCCGAUAUGACAUCUCCUGUUACGGCGCCUUUUUGAAACAAGUCCCAAGCCGGCUGGGAAACAGUCCCGUUCUCGAUGCGUCCGUCAUGGCGCUCACUCAUGCCUCGGCAGCGCUCUACACCCGACAGGACCAUGCGGAGGUUUUCCAGAAGUACGGACAUGGAUUGUCAGUCUUGCGCACCGCGUUGAAUAAUGCACACGAAUCCCACUCGGCAGACACGCUGUGCGCCAUCUACUUUAUGAUGAUCGCCGAGGGCUGGAUCAUGAGAAAAUACGACAUCUGCGCAGGACACGUAAGUGGCAUGGCUUAUGUAUUGAAUAUUCUGGCUGCGAAAAAGGACCCCGACCCGUUCGAGCAAGACCUCCUCCGAACGCUGUGUAUCCCUGUACUUCUGGUGAGCAUCUUCGAUCCCACCGUCCAGCUCCCCGCCAGCGUGAUGCGCCAGAUCACCGUCGCCGGUCCGCGUUGUCCCGUCCUCAACGAGGACGGCCCCAUCCAAAGUCUGCAGGUCACCACGUUCGCCAAGUAUCCGGGCCUGGUUCACCACCCUGAGCUUCACUUCUCCGAUAUCGUGGCAACCUACCAGCAGAUGCACUUGGAUUAUACGUUACUGCGGCGCCGCCUCGACACCACCACAGUCGACAUCGAUGCGAAGGCCAACCGUGUCCCUAACCUGGAAACUAUGCGGCUUCAGGCCCUUUACCAGGUCGGAUGCAGCUUGGUGCUCACACUGGCAAUCAUCUUGAACCGGGUCUACCAUACUUGUGACCCCUUGGAGCCUAGCCUGGACGACGAAUUGCAUCACUUCUGCCGGGAGAGCUUCACCCUGGCGGAGGCGGCCCUGCCCCAUCGUCCGCUGGGGUCGAGCCCGAUUCCACUCAAUUUGACAAUCGCCUGGGCGGUGGUGCGUGAUGAUGACCUGCGGGAUCGAAUUGAGGGCAUGAUCGAGGUGUACGAAGCGAGCUAUAUCAAAACCCCGUGGAAAGCCUCGGCGUUCCUGUUGCAGCAACACUUGAAGCAGUUGCGUCUUCGAAUAGCGCCUCUGCAGCCGUUGCAAAAUAGCCUUCGGACGGUAACAAGCAGCUCCUCGGCGACGCCUUCCUGACGAGCAUCUUUUGCAUUGUUAGCGAAAGCAAGUCUCACUAGAGAAGUUGAACCGUUUGUCUGGCCAUUCCCGUUGUUGGAAGAUUGUCCGACGACCGUCUGGGGAACGAGAAACGCUUGCAUCUUGUGUGUGGAAUGCUGUUGGUGGUACUGUUCGGGUUUUGCUGUUGAUUUGCAUUUGAAAUUCAUCCCGUCCCAGUCCAUAUUUAUAUGUAUCUGUGAGAUCGCAUCUGCGAUCGAUUGCACAAUCUGGCAUCGACAUGAAGGAUGAAGCAAAA